UCAAUUUCAUUACUCACUUACUCACCGCGUCGCCAACUCGCUCAUCGCUCAUCAAACAACAAUCAAUAGGUAAUCACCAUCCACCAUGCAACCUGUGCGUGGCGUCCAACUUGAAUCUCAUUGACUCAGUAAACUAUUAAUGAUCAUUUAAAUUUAAAUAUUACUGUAAAUUCUCAACUUGACUCAACUCAACUCGUCUUGAUGAGAGACAUAGUUUAAUAUAAAAUAUAAAAGUGUGUAAAAUGUGUCAGUGGUAAUUAAAGUGUGUUUAAAGUGAUGUUGAUGACAUAAACGCACGAAUUUAGUUGUGUGUUAAUGUUAACGCAAGUAGUUGUAUGUUUAAACAAUGUGAUUGAAGUGUUUCUUAUGCGUUUAUGCGUUAUUCGUCAUUAAUUGUUAUUGAAUGGGUUUAUGAGUUGGUUGACGAUAAAAGAGUUGUUCGCUUGAAAUGCGCGUUGCUUGGACGAUAAAUAACAACAAUCGGAGCGAUAACAGUAGUCAAUGAGCGUGAUAUUGAUACGGUGAUAUGGUGAUAUGUUAGGAAUGUUGGGAGUUUAAUUGAGUUAAAUAUCAACAAAACCAUCAUCAAGACAAUAAAAGAUGUCGACUAUAAAAGGAAUAUCCUCAAACCCUUCCGGAACACUCACCAGAACCUCCAGCAGAGACAAAAACGUCCUGGAAUUACAAUCCAGGCAACCACGAUCACUUCAAACACUCACAAGCAGUGGCAAUCAAUGGCUGCGUCCUCCGGCGUUACAACGUCAGAAAUCACUUAAUUUAUCUACGGAGACGUUCCAUAGGAGUCGUAUAUCGUUUCUGUCGGAGACUAACAGUCAACCGACGGGCAGUCGGCAGUAUCUGAGUCCUACGUAUCCCAACAGUGACAUCUCGCUUAGUCUUCCCACUGUGUCGCGGGAGAGGACGCCACCUAUGAUGAUGCAUUCUCCUCCACCGCAGUAUUACAGUUGUAAUAGUAUUAAUCGGAUAAAUACACAUCGAAAGAACCAGCAAAACUCCACCUCUUCCACAUGCAGAUGCUACUUCGAAGAAAUCGGCUGUGUGAACGAAUUAAAAGGCCCUCCAAAUCCCACACCGGAAGGCUUAUCAUGGCGCCGAUUACAUAUGUCUCGCGCUAAACUAAAAGCCACCUCCACCACCAGCGAGCUGUUGUCUGGCUUCGCCAUGGUGGCUAUGGUCGAGCUGCAGAUAAACGAACCGACAAAUGUUCCGGAAUGGCUGUUUAUUAUGUUCGCCGUGUGUACAACAGUUCUCGUCUCCGUGCACAUCUUCGCGCUAAUGAUCUCCACGUACAUCCUGCCGAACAUCGACGCCAUCUCCAAGCUGGAUGUGUGCGAGCUGGUCGCGGAGAGUCCGCAUGAGCGCAUGCGGAAUUUCAUCGAGAUCGCGUGGGCAUUCUCAACAGUAUUAGGCUUAUUUUUGUUUCUCGUCGAAGUAGGAAUCCUCUGCUGGGUGAAAUUCUGGGAUUACAGCUUCAAAGCAGCCAUUGCGGCGACAAUCAUCGUGAUACCAGUGUUGAUAAUCUUCAUACUCUUCGCUGUGCACUUCUACCACUCGCUGGUGGUGUACAGAUGUGAUACGUCCGAAGGCGAUCUUCAGCAGUUGGAGGAAAUCAAGAAGAAUCUCGACCAGCAGACGAAGUACUCCGUUGGCGGAGCAAAUAUUAAUAAUAUAAAUAAUAAUAAUAACAAUCUUAAAAUGGUAUAAAAUUAGUGAUAAGAAGUGAAGUUAUGUAUGAUUUAUAUGUAAGAAAAUAAGUAAUAAAAUGUUACACCAUGUAUAACUCGAGCAUGGUGGGAAGGAUUUUUGAAA